AAACUACCAAGCUGAUAACAGCAGAACCGGAUAUACAUAGUCUUUCCUGGACCUCCUCUUUCUUUUCCGUAAAGGGUCAUCCGGCAAAAUGGUAAACGUUCCGAAAACCCGCAGGACAUACUGCAAGAAGUGCCGGAAGCACCAGCCCCACAAAGUGACUCAGUACAAAAAGGGCAAAGACUCUCUCUAUGCCCAGGGUAAACGUCGUUACGACAGAAAGCAAAGUGGUUACGGUGGUCAAACGAAGCCUAUUUUCCGAAAAAAGGCUAAAACCACAAAAAAAAUUGUAUUGAGACUUGAGUGUGUGGAGCCGAACUGCAGGUCCAAAAGAAUGCUGGCCAUUAAGAGAUGCAAGCACUUUGAGCUGGGAGGAGACAAGAAGAGAAAGGGCCAGGUGAUCCAGUUCUAAGCUGCAUUUUUUGUCUUUGGAAAUUUUCAAUAAAGUCAUUAAAAUGGAA